AAUGUCAACAAUACGGUUACUUAAUCUAACCCUAAUGUGAGGCUGGAGGUGGCUCAGGAAUGCACCUCCAGCUGCACCAGGGGAGUGAUGACUAUUUGUCUAAUCACUCACCUGGAUCUUCCUCAAAGGAGAGACACGAUUAGCCAACUCACUGAAGCUGUGCCAAUCAUCCCACCUGGCACUGCUCCCGCUGAGCCGGCUUAGCACCACCUCUCUCUCCUAAAGCUGAGCCCUACACACCUAACCACUGUAGUUAGGUUCAAUUUUAGGAUACUUACUUUAGUAUGUCAGUUUUAUGCCACCUUAUGCUUCUACUCUUCCUCCACUUUUGUGGAUGGAGUCAGUGUAGCAGUGAAACCAGUACAAAUGUAAUGAAAAGCACUGGAGAGGCAAUGCCUACCCUACACACCAUUCAUGCUAUAUCUGUCCCACCAGAGUUGCAUAUUGAUACAAAAUUUUUUACACAACAUAGAUCUUAAAGGUAUGCUGGCCUUACACCAAAUGACUUUCAUGCGAUUGCACUGUCACAGACAAAUUUCCAAUGUCUGUAUAAAAGAGUUUUGCUAGAGUUGAGGCACGCUCCCGUCAUCUCGAUUGUUUGGUGUAAGGUGGUGAUCAGAGCUGUAUUAAGUCGGUCUUUUUCUCAUCUCUCUCAAAACACUCAAACACAAUACAAACUUUUGCAUCACUUGACCAGUAGCCUAUGACACAAACCUGCGAGUGAGAGAGAUGCGCUUCUAUUCAACAGAGCUAACAAUACGGUGAAGGUAAUCAGACAACAGCAACAUGUUUAACCACAUCCCUAGAGUUCCUGUGAAGAUGGGCCCACGACCUGAAAAACCACCAGCUCAGAAGACUCUCUCAAGAAGAGCAAACUUGCCCACACCGACAUCAAGAGAAGAGAGGAUUCAUUUCACAAAGACGGGCAACGCGAUCGUUGUGGACCAGCCGCCUGUCAUUCAACAGGGGGCCAAGACCACUCAACGGUUGGCCCUGCCGUCAAUCAAGGGCCAUCAGAAAGCCCAACAUUUCGGCCACAACAAGCAAGCUGCCCAGCCACCUAUCUUUAAGGGCCUACAGCAGACACCUUCCCUUCAAUAUGCUAUCAAGCAGCAAAAUGAGGGUAUACAGACGAAAGAAACCAUUGAUUCUGUGGUGAAGCAGAGAGUCAUUGGGAAACCCCCUGAUAAAACACCAGCCGUGUCUCCUGGAGCUGUUGUGAGGAAAUUUAAGGCAUUUCUGACAGCGCAUGAGCUGCAAGAAAUCAAUAAUUACAAAGAGGUGUGGUACUGGGGUCAAAACGCCCACAAGAUCAAAUCCUCUGAAAGACAGGACACCAAGGAUGGAGGCUACAGUGCAAUUAUAGAUGACCACUUGGCCUAUCGUUUUCAAAUCCUGGAUGUGAUUGGUACAGGCUUCUCUAGUCAGGUAUUCAAAUGCAUGGACCACAAGACCAUGGAGAACGUGGCUGUCAAGGUCUUUCGAAACAACUUGAGUAUUCACAAGCUGGGAGAAGCUGAAGUGAAAAUUUUAAAUGCCUUGCGAAGGUAUGACAGGGAUCGUUCAGCCAAUGUUGUCCAUUUAAAGGAGAAAUUCUACUUCCGCCAACACCUCUGCAUCAUUUUUGAUCUCUUUGAUGAGGACCUACGUAAAGCCGUAAAAAAGACCAAGACGCCUGGAUUUGGUGAGGAAGAGAUUAGAAAAUACACCAUAGACGUGCUGAAGUGUCUACAGCUACUCAAGAAGAACGACAUUGUGCAUGGUGACCUUAAAACGGAUAACGUACUGCUCCAUAAAAAGGGCAAAGGAAAGCAUGUAGCAGUCUGUGACUAUGGAGGGAGUUACCAUAUGAAACACAGCGAUAAACCCCUCGUACACACUGUGAACUACAUGGCUCCAGAGCUGCUCCUUGGCAAAAGGUGCGGCCCAGCGAUUGAUAUGUGGAGCCUGGGCUGCAUUUCAGCUGAGCUCCACAUUGGUGACCGUCUAUUUAUUGGAAGUAAUGAUGUAUGUCUGUUUGGCUGCAUAAUGCAGGUGCUGGGAGUCCCUCCGGCAAAUCUGCUGGCGAAGUCACCUUACAGACACAUGUUCUUUGAUUCUGAAGGCCUCCCUCUGCUAAGGGAAAAAAUAAGAUGUAACAGCACCACUCUGGCCCAAAAGCUGGACUCUAAGAAUGCUGAUUUUAUCGAUUUCAUUGAGCGCUGCCUUGAAUAUAAUCCAAAAAAGCGUAUGACACCAGAGCAGGCCAUGCACCAUCCAUGGAUUUGGCAAAAGUCCAAACCUGCAAUGUCGGCUGGAAAAACUCGAUCAGAUGUCACAGGCUCCAGCAACAAACAGCCUGCCCUACUGAACAGAGAGAAAAUCACAUCUGCGCAACUGGGGAAAGGCUUGAAAUGAAGAGGCAGACACCAAGAUUAGACUUAAAACUUUACUCUUUGAUAAAAAAAUCCUGGAACAAGGA